GUAAAACUAUUUCUUAUGUUACUAAUAAACCUGCAAAAACGAACAAGCAUGUUUGUGUUUAUUUGGCUAUUUAUUUACUGAAUUUGCCGUCAGUAAAACUCAAGAUAAUUCAACCCAUGGCCUAUUAGUCCGAAGGAAACAAAAAUCAAUAAAAGUAAGCACUAUGUCGUAUGUCCUGCUUAUGAAUUUAAAGGAAAUGUAUGCUUCUCUGUAUUUGGUACUGACACAGUAGGACUUAAUGACGUCCUUGAACAGAAUUCAUGGGGCUCGACUUGGCGACCCCUCGCUUGUUUCAACCUGCAUGUGCCUUUCAGGCACACUGACUCUCAGCGCUGCUUACUUUCACCUACUGCCUUGAUUGCAUCCACCGUGUAUGCUGAAGAUAGAUGCGAAUUAAGUAUCCUGAGAAUAUGCACUUGGCAUCAUUCGUUCCCCCCACGGCAGUACUUUAAAUCAUAUUUGCAUAUUCCGCUUUCCCUCGCAUAGUCCUAAAGCCACAAUAAUAGGGCAUGCUUCCCAUCAAUAAUUCAACUCUUAAAACAAGACUUUUUGUAUACUUAUUUUAUCCGUGUUAUUUUAUAUUUUUAUUUAUACUGCAAAAUGAGAAUCAAUGACACCGAAGAACGAAUACCAUUAGGAAGCGAUUCUCUGAAUGACGUAAUAAAUCAAGAAAUCAAAUGUACUUGUCAACCACUGACACCGAUUUCAAUAAUACGGAAAGGGAUUAACGUGACACAUAAACUGUUUAAAUAGGACAAUUGCGUAUAUGAGCUAAGGUAACCAGAGAGUGCAUACGCCUCUAACGUAAGUUUAUGUUUAUAAAUAGCUCAAGGACAAAAUAAACGGCUAUUCUCAACGCCAUGGAUUGCUGUAGACAGUCGAGGGGCAUCCGCAUGCCACCAUCUUUUAUGCAAAGCGAGGGAGGCACAGAUGUUACUUCUGCAGGGGAGAUUUUAAUUUAUGAAAAUUAUCUUGUUUAUGCAUGAACACUCACUGCAUAGCACAGUACUUCCAUCAGAUGGGAAAAUACCAUAGAGUCAAUGCCAAUAUCUGGAACAUAUUCUGCUGAUUUAUGCUCCUUAAAACACCCCAGAACACACAUUUUCUUCCCUGUCAAACGUAUUUUGACCCUCGCAUUAUUUAAUAACAAUUUGCAUUUUCGUACCACUAACCCAUUAGCAACUAGAUCGUCCCGAUCACAACAUACCGAACUUAUCACUUAUUCACCAUAUUCCCAGAACUUGCUCCAUGUAUCAGUUUCGAUUUUUAACCUCCGUGAAUGGCAAUUUUCGUAUUUACUUCAAUGCACUCAAUGUUCGGGUUUUGAUCUGAAACUUCAUGUGAAAAAUAUGAAGUGACUGGUGUGAAGGACAGGUGUCCCGCUGUAAACUCCACUGCAUAAAGUACAGUAUGGUCACGCUCUAACGCCUCAUUCAAGAGCUGUCCAUGGUGCUAAAAGUAUCAUCACACCGUAUGAAUGUAGGCCUGUCAAGGCACAAAUCCAUGCAGCAUCUAUUGGUACCGCAAUAACAAACAACAAUCAACAAACAAUGUUGAUAACACGUUGAGCUAUGUAGACAGUUGAGUCUAAAAAUAUCAAUACUACUCACACUGCAUUUAGGUCCCUUACAGAAUUACUUCAUAAGUUUAUCCCAUACGUACUCAGAUAUAAUCGUAAUCCCUAAAAAAGCCUGACAUUUAAACAGGAGCUUUAAACGCUCCAGAUGAUAGCGUUCAAAUCUAUCAUAUUUAUCGGAAAUUUGAUUCUCAGUUCUUUCUCUUUAUUAUUGACUAAUGUUAGAUAAUGAUAAUCAUAUAUACGCGACAAAUGAUAUUUUUCACUUUAAUUUUUAAGUAGUAAUAUAGCAUUCACCCAUACUUCACCCAUACAGAGCACAGACAAUAUUAUUUAAACACUUCAAUAUAUUUACUUUUACUAUUCGGUGUAACACAUUUAUUAUGGCGCUGGCGUUACCAUAAUCUGCCACACUUGCCGAAAACAUUUAAGCUUUGAUAUUAAAUAACGGGUCAUUAGGUGCGAGGUAAGCAGGCAGUUGCGAUGCGCGUAACCGGAACGGUCGGACGUUUUCGCGGGGACGCGCGUUGCUGUAAGACGCUCAGGGUAGGCCGAAGAGGAAGUUCCGCAGCAGAACUAUGCGGGAGCGGGGAAUGACGGGGACGCGCUGACCUGAUAAUUCAUGCGACAACACUGAUUGUCGGGAAGAAAUUUGCUUGCUACAGAUUUUUCUGAAUCAUGUUUGAGUCCCCUCGAAAAUCUACAAAUCGACAUGCGUGGUCGGAAAGCCAGGAGGAGUUACGAGAAACGCAACCGGUGUCUCCUUUGAAAACAGGCAGUCGUGGAAGGAAGAAAAAGAGAAAACAGCACAAGCAGCAUCAACAACAUCCACAACGCCAGCAACGAUCGAAUCGUUCCGUGUCCAUCCCUCGGCUGCGCACCGGGAAGCCCUCGGCACUGACCUUGGGGAAAGGCGCUGCGUUUAACGCCGAAGACGCGAUAGUAAAAGGGAUAUUUGAAAUAGAAAAAAAGAGUUGCGACGUAGUGCUGACGGCGACGAGGGUAAUAUGGACUCCGAUCGAGCCGGAGACCCCUACAGGGGAGUCAGGCUCGUGGAGGCGGGAGGAGCAUGUGGAGCUGCGGAAUGUGUUCGCCGUGAAAGUGAAACGGCGCCGCUCGGUGGGUCAGCAGUGGGGCGGCACCCUCCUGGGCCUCACGCUCUUCUGCUGCGUCAGGAAGGGGGCCAAGCUGAAGGAGCGGCCCAUGCACCUGAACAACCUCAGCGCCGACCACUGCGAGGUCUGGUUCAGGCACCUGAAGGACCUUUUGAGUGGUUUCCAAGACAGGCCCAAGUCAUUGAUGGUGUUUGUGAAUCCCACCAGCCAUCGAAAAGAGGCCUACCAGACCUACCGAGACGAGGUGGCCCCCCUGUUCAAGCUAGCAGACAUCAAGGCUGAUGUCACAGUCACCAAGAGGAGAGGCCACGCCCUCGCCAUUCUGCGGGAAGGCCAGCUGGAUGCCUACGACGGCGUGGUGUGUGUCGGGGGGGACGGCUCAGUCGCCGAGGUGGCCCACGCGCUGCUGCUCCGGGCCCAGAUGGACGCUGGGAGGGACACAGACUCCAUCUUCACGCCUGUCCGAGCAGCACUUCCUCUGGGCGUAAUACCAGCAGGCUCCACCGACAUCGUUGCCUGCUCCGUCCACGGAAUAAGCCAUCCAGUCACUGCUGCGAUGCACAUCAUCAUGGGUCAUCGGCAAGCCGUGGACGUGAGCAGCUUCAGCUCGCAGGGACGGCUCAUCCGCUUCGGCUUCUCCUGCAUGUUCGGCUUUGGAGGACGGACGCUGGCCCUGGCCGAGAAGCACCGCUGGAUGCCGCCCAGCCAGCGCCUGGAAUUUGCUGUAAUCAGAACACUGGCCAACCUUAAGCCCGAGGACUGCGAGUUGUCCUUCCUGUCUGUGAAGCAGGACCAAGAGACCACAAAGGAACCGAAGGGACAAAAGAUUCUUCUUAGCAGACGUGACUCUUCAAGGAACAUAGGCGAGCAAGAUAUUGAGGACGAUGAACCAUGGGUGACCAUACAGGGCCUCUUACUCAACAUCAGCAUCAUGGCCAUUCCUUGUUUGUGCUCCAUGGCCCCCCGAGGGCUGGCCCCCAACACCAGGCUGGACAACGGCAGCAUGUCCGUGAUCGCAGUGCGAAAUGCUUCCAGGUCAGAGUUCAUCAAGCAUCUUAAGAGAUAUGGCAACUUAAAUAAUCAGUUCGGCUUCCCCUUCGUGGAAACCCACACGGCCCGUGCUGUGAGGCUGCGUCCUCGCUCGCGGGGCGACUGGGCCGAGGAUGUCUCAGAGAAAGCGGCUGAUUUUGACUCUAAGAACAUACCCAUCAUCUCCUCCGAAGUGUCCUACCCCUGGAACAUCGAUGGAGACCUGCUGGAGGUUCCUGGCGAGCUCCUCAUCAGGGUGCAUCCCCAGCUCAUCCUGCUCUUCGGGGUGAACACGGAGGAGGUCGACGACGGCCCAGCUAAGUGCGGCUGCAUCUAAACGUGACCCAGGUCCUCUUCAGGGUUUCACACCUAACAUACUGUACUUUGAGGUAAAAAAAAAUUCACAGGAAAUGACACAAUUCAGUGUAAAUCACAAAACACUUUCUUUAUAUAGAUGAUUUUUUUCUGUAUGGAAUCCAAAUUACAGUCUGUUUUGUACAUUCCAGUGUAGAAUAUUUAAAUUAAACCAAAGCAAUUAUGAUAACAAGAAAAUGCUAGUUGUUUUUUUUACAUAUAGGUCAGACUUUAAAUAUAUAUUUAAUGCCUUUCUUAG